AUCCGGUUGUAACUCACAACUCAUUAGUACACGAGACCUCUCACUCUCGAGGAGUCGCUAAUAUCGUUGAUCAAUUGAAGUUUAUCAGUCUCGUGUCAUCAACUAGUCACGUCAACUCAUCACUAUUAAUUAAACUCUUUCUCUCUCCCACAAGUGUUGAAGCUUUAUCUCUUUCUUUAUUUCUCUGUCUCUCGUCUUAUCAAUCAGUCACCAUCACUUAUCAGUGUAUGAAUUAUUACAUUAUGUCUUCACUGCACCUUGUUAAUAUAACUGUGGCUGUUAGAUCAUCAUUUAAAAUCCUACUUCCUUGGACUAUUCUUCAUGUACCAAAAGAAGAAGACACUAUUAGUGAUUUCUUUUCCAACUCUGUAAGAGCUCGUCUCACUGAUGUCCAAUAUGAACUUGACUCAGCAUUUAUUGGUCGUGAUAAAGAAAUGCUUGACAAUGUAGAUAUUAACCUGCCAGUUGUAGCAGUUAUUACUUCAUUUGGACACUAUAUUAAAUAUAUUGUCACUUGUGCUGCCACUUCUACUGGUUUAAAUAGUGAAGAAUGCAUUCCAAAUGAAGAUGCAGGUCUUCUAUCUGUGUGUAUUGUGCUGUGGAUCAACCCUUCACAGAUGAAAAAAAUACCCGCAAUGUAUGUAAAAGAAGCCAUCUAUUACAAAAAGCAUUUGCUAUGAUUGCAAUGGUUUUGUGGUUAAUAACAAUGAAUAAUGUUAAUAAUGAAUAUUUUAUCUUAUAAUUAAAAUUGCGCCCGCCCGCGUCAGUGCCGCGUGUGCAAGGGGAAACUAUAAAUUUAAUUGGAGUGGCCUAACGGACACUGGAAUACAAUUUGUGAUAAUGCUGAUGAUGAUAAUGAUGCUACUUAUGGUUAUAUUCCUGAUGUGGUCUGUCAUCAGUUAGGCUAUACUGGUGGUGAAUCUAGUGACUUUAACUAUGGAUAUGAUGAACUUAAGGUUGGAUUUUAUGAUAUGUCCUGCAAGAAGAAUUAUUUAGUCAUACUGCAGUGUAGCUAUAAAACUGGUGCUUUGCCUUCUAAUUGUAAUAGUGAUAGUACUAUUAAAAUAAAAUGUUAUCUUACUAGAAUAUGGGACAGAGCACCAUAUUCUGGCAUGGUACGUCUAGUGAACAGUAGUUAUACAGGUCAAGGUAUAGUUGAAGUCUAUUGUCAUGGAAAGUGGGGAGUGGUUUGCAAUAAAGCUAGAUCUAGCUCUGAAAGUUUUGCUCGAACUGCUUGUAACCAGCUCGGGUAUAAUUCACUUGUUGAUCGCGACUAUAGUACACAAUUCUCAAACGCGUUUUUUGCAUCAAUAAAAGAAACUGAUGGUUGUGGUGAUAAUGAUGGUGAUUUCAAGAAAUGCAUAAAAGAUUGUGCAAGUUGUGAUGAUAAUAUUGACUCAUGUGACAAUGGUAUUUUAAAUGUGACUUGCAAGUAUGACAAAGGUACUGCUGCAAAUCAUGGUAACAAAAUGGGUGCCUGUUCCCCUAUAAAUUUAUAUCCUGGGAAACUUGCAGUGACUGCAUUGGUUUUGAUCCUGUUCCUUUAUCUUUACUUUAUCACUCGUUUCUGCAUUAGAAUUAUUACCAUUUGGUGUAGGAGGAGAAGAGGGCAACGGCAACCACUUCUUGAAGUAAAUGAUAAUAAUGAAGACAACAAUAACAAUAAUAAGUGUAGGGUUUGUUGUAGUGUUAUUUGUGAUAUUUUCUGCUGUAACUAAACAACUACUGAAUAAGUAGAAGUGCAGCAGACUUUUUGUAUUUUUUGUACGAUGUAAUUAUGUUGCAUCUA